CCGCCGGCGGCCGCGGCUCCGCCGGGGCGGGGACAGCGGCGGGAGGGAGGCCGGGGGCCCGCAGCCCUCAACGCCCCGCGGCCGCCGCCUGCCGCCCCCUUCCCUCGCCCCGUUCCCCCUUCGUCUUCUUCCUCCUCUUCCUCCUCAUUCCCCAGCCCGGCGGGAAGAUGUGGCUGAAGCUGUGCUUCUUGCUGCUCUAUUUCCUGCUGCUCUUCGUCCUGGCCAGGGUGUUCGAGGCCGUGGUGUGGUACGAGACCGGCUUCUUCGCCACGCAGCUGGUGGACCCGGUGGCGCUGAGCUUCAGGAAGCUGCGAACCAUCCUGGAGUGCCGGGGGCUGGGGCACUCGGGGCUGCCCGAGAAGAAGGAUGUCCGGGAGCUGGUGGAGAAGUCAGGUGACCUUAUGGAAGGAGAGCUUUAUUCUGCUCUCAAGGAGGAAGAGGCCUCUGAGUCGGUUUCAAGUACAAACUUCAGUGGUGAAAUGCACUUCUACGAGCUCGUAGAAGAUACGAAAGAUGGGAUCUGGCUGGUACAGGUCAAUGAGUGGUCCCUGAAGAUCCGGAAGGAGAUGCGGGUGAUCGACAGGCAGAUCAGAGAUAUUCAGAGAGAGGAGGAAAAGGUGAAACGGUCGAUAAAGGAUGCUGCCAAAAAGGGUCAGAAAGACGCGUGUGUGAUCUUGGCAAAGGAACUGAUCCGCUCUCGGAAGGCCGUGAGCAAACUCUACGCAUCCAAAGCUCACAUGAACUCUGUUCUCAUGGGGAUGAAGAACCAGCUUGCUGUCCUCAGAGUAGCAGGCUCAUUGCAGAAGAGCACAGAAGUCAUGAAGGCUAUGCAGAACCUAGUAAAAAUCCCUGAAAUCCAAGCAACAAUGAGAGAAUUGUCCAAAGAGAUGAUGAAGGCUGGCAUUAUCGAGGAAAUGCUAGAGGACACCUUUGAAAGCAUGGAGGAUGAGGACGAAAUGGAGGAGGAAGCAGAGAUGGAGAUCGACAAAAUCCUUUUCGAAAUUACAGCGGGGGCCUUGGGUAAAGCACCCAGUAAAGUCACAGACGCUCUGCCGGAGCCCGAGGACUUGGGAGCGACGGCUGCUGUUGAUGAGGAGGAGGACAUCGAGGCCAUGCAGUCCCGCCUGGCCACCCUGCGCAGCUAAGGAGGGAAGAGCCGUGUACAGUUUGCCUUUUGUUUUGUGGCAGGAUGCUCUAUCCUGCCUUCCCGAUGCAAAACUUAAUACGUGAGGAUACUUUGUGUAAUAUAUAUAUUUUUUUCUGUCCUGGGGACUGUAUUCUCCAAGAAACUCCUGUAAUAUACUUCUUGGGGACUGCAGGCUGGAGAGAUGAUUUUAUUGUUUUCUGUUCAGCCUUUUAUCACCUGUGAAAGGUUACAGUGAAAUGGCAAGGGUGUUAAAUUUUAUGUAUUUUUAGUUAUGAAGUCUUGGAUGAUAUUCUUAGCUUCAAGUAUCAUCUUUCCCUGAAAGGCACUUUGGCUUAGUCUGCUACCAAAAACCCUUCAGUGGUGUAAGAUCCGUGUUUUUCUGACUCACUACAACUUUUAUUAAAGCUGCUCUUAAACUGAUGCACAGGAGCAACUGGUAGUUUUCAUGGCUUCAGGCUGCUUUCACAAAACAGGUCCACCUUGAACAACUCCCCCUUGGUUUUACAAGACCCAAUGCAUUGAGGAUGUCACAACACAGGUAAAGGAAAGCUAAGUCUUUAAAAAUAAGACUUAAAUACAUGUUUUCUUCCAGUGCUGGUCAGGCAUUGUAUGUGCACAGGGGGAGUCCUGUUUCAUGGAACAGUAUCAGCGUGUCAGGCUGAUCGUAGCUGCUUAAAGAAGUGUAUUUCUCACUCUAAGCUACAUGUAAAGAUGCAGCACUCCUAAGAGGCAGAUGGCAGCCUUGGCACCAGGUUGGUAACAGGAGGAGAGAAUCCACGCUGGCACAGGCCUGGCUUUCUUCUCCCUCUGCCCUCUGAAGGUGGAGGAGGGCAUUGGGAUGGGUUAAUGCCUCCAGCUGGUGGUAGGUAGUCAAAGAGGAAGGUGCAGAGUGCCUGGGCUGGGCACUAUGACGGGAAAGUCAGUGAACUUCCCCUCCUCUUCCCUGGACAGAAGGCUCUGCUCAUCUGCCAAUCCCGUAACUGAUCAGGGCAGUUUUACAGCCAGUAGCCAGGCUGUAAUAAUUCAUCUGGCACUGAAGUGAAAGGGGAGCUGCCUUCAGCUUAGCCCUGUCAGGUGCUGCUGCGUCAUUGUCCCCACAACCACAGUGUGGUGGCAGCUGCUGUUUAAGUAGCACAUUGUUAGGGCCAGAAGAGGCCAAAACACAAGGAGAGGUCUCUCCUUCCCAAGAAAGACUUCAGGCAAUGUGAUUUCAGGCAUCGUGACUCACCGCAGGCAGAGUGUGAGCAACUCGCCCCUUUGUUCAUCUCUCACCUAAGAGGCUUGUGAUACUCCUGUGGUGCUGACAAAGGAAGCAGUUGCUAAGACUCGCCACCAGAAAAGCCUGUAAUGGUAUUCCAACAGCAAGAGCAGAGGAGCAGAUAAGGUACGCAAACAGAAACCUGGAUGCUGCCCAACAACAUCCAGUUUCAGCCAUAAAAGCAAGGAGGCACCAAGCACCCUUCCCUGUCAUGCCAGAGAACAGGAAAAGGUCCCGGAGCAGUCAGUGUAACCUUAAUGUUUGGAGUACCAAGCUCAAGGGUUCCCUCUUCACUGCAAACCUACCAAGAGCUGGACCAGGACACUUUGUUUCCCCUGCUCUUAGCACUGCAGCCAGGACAGAUCCCAAAGGAAGAAAAAUCACUCAGAGAGGCAGUGGGAUGCAGCAGUUGAGAGCUGGGAUAAAAACAGAUUGUGUAACAAGGUUCAAACUCCAACUCCCAACAAUGUGUCUCUUCAUACAUCCGUGCACAUUUGCAUGCAUCAAGUCAGCAUGACUCAUGGCACUCGCUGGGUGGUGAGGUACCUGGCUGCCAGCUCCCCACACAUGCUCUAACCAGGAUCCAAGAGAAGCAAUUAACUGCUUUGUUUCAUUUACUUUAAACUUGCUACUGCAAGAAAACAUUCAUCUGAAACACUGCCUUGCCUCGAAGGAUAUGUAACUAGCUCAAAGUGCCAAAUCAGCCUUGUUUUUCCUUCAGGAGCUGGCUCAGGCAACUGGAACAGGCCAGGCUGUUUAUUAUCAAAUAGAGAUGGCAGCAAGGGAAGAGGGAGGGACAUUCUCACUGAACACAGCAGAGACAGGGAGUAGCUCUGCUGAAUUUAAGCUAGCAGCAGCAGCUCAGUGAACUGGAACAUUUCCCUGCCCCAGGAGUAGCAGAGCACUGGUGCUGACUCACAACUACCUGAAUUCCUCACCCAGCAUUAGGGAUCCUCUCCUGUCUUUUUGAAUGCCUCUUCUUAAAAAAA